UGAGAAGCGAACUGAGAGAAUCAGAGAGUGAGAAGAAUAAUGGGGAGCAGAGCUUUGCUUCUGGUGAAGGAGGUGUCUUCUUCUUUGUUACCCAAGAACCAGUUUUUACCCAACUUUAACUCCCACCGAAAAUUUGCGCAAGUGCUUCACCGGCGGCGAAGUUUUUCAGCUGCAACAACUGCUGGGUCUCCUCCUCUGGAAGCUCUGGAUGUGCCACGUCUGGCUGAGACUGCUCGAAUUUCUCUGACCCCUCAAGAGGUUGAAGAAUUUGCUCCCAAAAUUGGACAAGUCAUGGAAUGGUUUGGACAGCUUCAAGCAGUUGAUCUUGAAAGCGUGGAGCCCUCUAUAAGAGCAGAUACUGAAGGUGAUAAUUUCCGUGCUGAUGUCCCCGAAACAUUUGAGAAUAGGAAUGCCAUAAUUGCUGCUAUUCCAAAUUAUGAGGAGCCAUACAUCAAGGUUCCCAAGGUCUUGAACAAAGAGUAGCGUUAUCACGACAGAAUCAGUGGCAUUAUGAACGAGCUCGUUUUGCCUUCACCGGAUCUUUCAUUUUGAUCAUUGUAGUUGGAAUUCUCUGCUGUCUCAGACUCCUCCUAAUUUUUACAGUAAUAGUUGGUUAUUAGUGAAAUUCAAGCUGAUUUGUGCUUGAAGGCACCUGAAUUGUUGGCCUCACUCUCCUCAUCUUAAGGAAUAGCCAUUGUUUGUUGUUUACUGGA